CGCCUGUCCGCUCGCUCUGCCCAAAAAAUGUGAAACCAAAUCCGAGCAGCAGGUCACAGAGCCUAGUUAUUUUAAAACCAAUACUCAACUACCUCGACAGGACCAUGGAAGUACCGCGGAACGCGCAGUUUAGAGAAAUAUCCGUCGCCUUGAGAGACUCAGAGUAAAAUGAGGGAGCGCCACUGUGCUCGUUUAACGUGUAUUGUUGUUUGGCUGCUCGUCCGUCUCCAAUGUCUCUGCCCGUAGUUCUGCCUGGCUCUUGCUGUCGUUUAUCGGGGGCUGCUUUAGCCCAUCAGUUCGCAGACGCAUCUUACAGAAGUCGCAGCCGCUGUGUGUCCGCUCUUCCGUCCCGUAUGUCUGGAUCUCAGACGCGGCUCAUUCCGGCGCUGCUCCCCGCACGCCCUCUGCUCUCCCUCGGCUUGCUGCAGCUGGUUCUCGGCUGCUCCAUGGUGGCGCUCUCUUUCGGGGCUCUGUCCCUUAGCAACUCGCCCCCUAUUAGAAACUCCUGUCCGUUUUGGGCCGGAUCAUCUGUCAUCCUUUCUGGGAUCAUAGGACUAACCACAUGGAAGCGACCAAUGCUUCUGUUGGUAAAUCUGUUUGUAUUGCUGUCAGUGGUUUGUAUCCUGCUAAACCUGGCAGGCUUCAUUCUCUGCUGUCAGGGGGCUCAGCUGGUCUCCAGCACCAUUAACUGCCAGCUGAGUGAACCGGGUGAUCUCUGUCACUGUUGUUCAGAGACUCCAAGUAGUCAGUGCAAAGAGGACAAGUUGAUUGAGAUCUACGCAGGUCAUGCAUGUGGUACAAUGAGAAUCCUGCUCAAGAAAGUGCUCUUUGCAUUGUGUGCACUGAAUGCUUUGGCUACAGCCGUGUGUCUGGUUGCUGCUGCGCUCAGAUAUCUCCAGAUCUUCUCAACCAGACGGCCCUGCAUGGAAGAGGCUAGGCCUGUUCCAGAGGAAGUGGAGGAGCAGUCUCAUCUUCCUGACCCUGACGAAUUUGUCGCUCCUGCACCUCCUCCUUCAUACUUUUCAACCUUCUACUCUUACACCCCGCGCUUGGCUCGCAGGAUGUUUGGUGAUGGUAUGAUUCCUCUUCCCCAUAUAUAUGGUGCCAGAAUUAAAGGAGUAGAAGUCUUUUGUCCUCUAGACCCUCCUCCACCUUAUGAAGCGGUUACAUCACAGCCAGCAGAACAGGCCCAGAAUACUGAGGUGCAACUGACCGAUCUGACUGAGGUCCUGACAGAGAAUGCAGAGACAGAGACGCCCAGUGAUGACAGGUGCCGGCAGACGGCCAUAUUGAGCCCCACACCCCCACCUCAGUCCAGACAGCCUCAAAGCGCAGUCUCCUCCAGUAGAAAACCUCACAGAUCUCGUCUCCGCAGGUCCAACAGCGACCCCGUCCUGCUAGACCUGACCGCCAAAGUAAUGAGUUGUGAAGCAGCUACGCAGACAGAAUUAGGUCCUGGAUCGGCUCCAGGCACAGUGACUAUAACAGAGCAUGGGACGGUUACGCUACGACCGGGCCGUGGCAAGCGGAAGCCUCGUCCCAACUCUCUAGUGGACUACCAGAGCUACAGAGACACAAAAAUGCUAGUGGCCCGUUUUCUGGAGCAGUCCUCCUGCAGCUUGACCCCUGAGGUACAAGAGCUGGUCAACAGCAUCAAAACCGUGCUGCGCUCCGAUGAAGAACACAUGGAGGAGGCCGUUCGCUGCGCCAGCUUCAUUGACAAGGCUAUUACAGUUUCAGAGGUCGCACCAGCGCAGUCCACCCUCCGCAGACAGACGCAGACGCAGACGCAGACGCAGACGGAGCCCACCUCCAACACGCUGCCGCUGCGCAAACGGCCGGGCAUCCUUCACCUGCGCAGCUGUGGCGAUCUCAGCUCCUUCACAUGGGCGCAGCUGCAGCCCGGGCCGGAGCGCAGGACAGGUACCUAUUCUCGAACUAAUUCCAGGAUGGGCUCUCGGGCAGGAUCCCGCCGUUUGGAACAGGAACGUCCACACAGCCUUAUAGGAGUCUUUCGAGAAACUGUCCUCUAAAUGACGUCUCAGAACAGACUGUGUGACUGAGUCGGGUGAGGGUAAAGUGAACAUCAUGACAUGAAGGAAGCUAAGCUUUGUAUAGAGGACAGAAUAUUUCACUUCAUUUUUAAAACAUAUCUGUUUUUGUUGUCAAUGUGUAUACUGAAUAUUAUUCAUUUUGAACUUUUUCAGUUGAAAAUCGCUUGGUUUUUUUUCACAUUACGCAUUAUGAUAAAACACUGGAAAAAAUGCCAAUGUUUAUUUACUAAAUUUCCAUGUUUCUUAUUUAAAAAUGAUUUACAAAACUGAAUAUAUAAAAAAUUUUAUGAACAAUAUUAAUAAUCAUUAUAGUAAGAAAACAUGUAAAUGUAUGGCUUUAUUUAGCUUAUGUGAUGUGGGGGAUUACUCAUUGCUGAUUAAAUCAGCAUGUUGUGUAGAGAAAACAUUUGAAACUUUUUGAAUUGUAUUUUUAUUUGACCAUUUGAGCAAAUUUCUACCAAGAUGUCCUUCGGAGAUAUAUUGUGCAUUAUUACUGAAUUUGAGGAGGCUCAUCUGCAUUAUAUGGGUGAAAUCUACCAACCAUAUUUCUCCAAGAUUAAAUAUGAUCCUUAAAGCAUCUGCCUGUUUUCUGAGACUUUCAUUUAAUCAAUAGUGACAUGUUGACAGUGUGGGAUGUACAGUUUUUACAAAACCUAUAAUUAAACACUACCUUUCAAACA